AUGCUUCUCCCCAAGGGCGGUGUUACUUGGAAGUCGGCGAAAGCCAAUCUACCACCAUGGAAAGCGGUGCUCAUGCUGCUUUCAAAACCUCGAUUUAUCAUCUCUAUGGCUGCAGCGGGGCUUGUUAUAUUGCUGUGGAGCGGUGUUAGUCGGUCGACAGCGGAGAUGCAGAGGUAUUACUGCUUCGGCCCUUCAAAACCUCCAAACCACAUGUCUGCCAACGAAAUGGUUGACUGGCAUUCUCACCUCCAAACGCCCGUCAUCUUCAAUCACCACGAGCCCUACGAGGUGAAUAAUACCUCUAUUCAAAAUAUCAACCUAAACCUCAUCAAGGCUACCCCCAAGGCUGCUGCCAUGGAGGAACGAGUCCUCAUCCUCACUCCGCUCCGCAACGCCGCUCGACAUCUCGACAAAUACUUUGACCUACUCUCCAUGCUCACUUACCCACAUCACCUUAUCGAUAUCGCCUUCCUGGUCAGCGAUAGCAAUGAUGAGACCCUCGCUGAUCUCGCUUCAAACCUCAAUCGUGUUCAGUCUAUGCCAGACAAUAUUCCUUUCCGCAGCGCCAUGGUGGUUGAGAAGGAUUUCGGUGCCACGCUUAACAUGGAUGUUAAUGCGAAACAUGAAUAUGAGGCUCAGGCUCCCAGGAGGAAGAUGAUGGGCAAAGCCAGGAACUUCCUACUUGCUACCGCUCUAAAACCUGAGCAUUCAUGGGUUUACUGGAGGGAUGUGGAUAUCGCUGACAGCCCUCCAAAGAUUAUCGAGGACUUUGUCGCCCAUAACAAGGAUAUUCUUGUUCCCAUUGACUACAAUUCCUGGGUAGAAUCAGACAAGGCUCGAAAACUGGCUCAGAGCCUUGACAAGGAUACCAUUAUCGUCGAGGGCUACCGAGAAUUCGAUACCGGACGCCGACAUAUGGCCAGAGAAGGUGACUGGAGGAGGAACAAAGAUGAAGAGCUUGAGUUGGACGGAAUUGGCGGUGUCAACAUUGUUGUCAAGGCCGAUGUUCAUCGAGCAGGCAUCAACUUCCCUUCAUACGCAUUCGAAAACCAAGCUGAGACGGAAGGUUUCGCUAAGAUGGCUAAGCGAGCGGGAUACCAAGUCGUCGGUUUACCCAACUACGUCGUCUGGCAUCACGAUACCCAAGAAAAGCCCGGAAACAUCUGA